AUGAAUAUAUAUCAAAUAAUUAGAAGAUCAUCUAACUUGGCUGCAAAAAAAUAUUACGUUGGACAAGAAGCAUCUAUUACAAGGAAAAUAAGAAAAGAAGAUGUUGAUAAUUUUGCACUUCUAAGUGGUGAUAGCAACCCAAUUCAUUCGACUAUAACUUCACAGGCGGCUGUGGUACAUGGUGCUUUGUUAAAUUCGAUUGUUUCAGGUGUGAUAGGGACACGGUUACCUGGUUUCGGAGCAGUUGUUGUUCAACAAACUUUACAUUUUCCAAAUAAGUGUUACGUGGAUGAAACUGUUAAAGUGACCAUUAAAUUAGUUGAAAAUAGAAAAAUUAUGAAAGUGGAAUUUAGCUGUAGUGUUACUGACAGUGAUAAAGUUGUCUUAUUUGGUACAGCUAAAUUAGUUAUGAACAAAUAA